CUUUUCUUUUGGUUGUUGAGCGUUACUGUGCUGAUGGACAACGGCGGUGCAGUUGAUCCAAAGGAAUGUGAGGCAGUGGGCACCAAAUGUCACUCCCAGGCUGAUUGCAUAAAGAUCCAAAGCAGCUUCACCUGCGUGUGCAAGACGGGUUUCCAGGGGGACGGUCAGCAGUGCAUCGAUAUGGACGAAUGUAUGAGUCAACUCGACAAAUGCGGCUUAAAGGCCACCUGCAUCAACACCCCAGGCAGUUUCAACUGCAUUUGCCUUCAAGGAUACACAGGGGACGGAUUGGAGUGCCAGGAUAUUAACGAAUGCCUGAAGGACAACGGGGGUUGUCACCCUAAUGCUGCCUGUACUAAUUUUGAGGGCGGACGAAGUUGCCAGUGCAAAACUGGAUUUCAAGGGAAUGGCUUCCAGUGCACAGAUAAUGAUGAAUGUUCAAACCAAAGAAUUUGCCACUGGAACGCCACUUGUACCAACAAUCCAGGGUCUUAUGUCUGCACCUGUAAUGCUGGCUUCAAGGGCAAUGGAAACUACCUCUGUCUGGACGUUGAUGAAUGCUCAGAAAAUCCUCGUGUGUGCUCUUCCCUGCCGGGAACAACAGGCUGCGUUAACUUGCCAGGCACCUACCGCUGCUCAUGCAAGACUGGCUAUGAAAGUAGCGGACAGGGCUGCGUUGAUGUCGAUGAGUGUGCAAACAGAAUUUGCAGCCAAUUUGCCAAAUGUGAAAACAGCCUUGGCUCGUAUAAGUGCACGUGCAAUAGUGGAUUUGUGGGUAAUGGCCUGGCAUGUGUAGACAUCAACGAAUGCAAUGAACGCAAUGAAUGUGACCCACAAGCUAUUUGCAUCAACCGAAUGGGCAGCUAUGAGUGCUCUUGUCCAGACGGUUUUGUUGGAGAUGGACGGAAGUGCGACGACAUUAAUGAGUGUGCUCGACCAAACACCUGCCCAUCUACCACUACCUGUGUCAACACUAAUGGGUCCUAUUAUUGUGACUGUGGCAGUGGCUACACCUUCAAUGGCACCAAAUGUAUUGAUAUUAACGAGUGUGACGAAAAAAAAUGUAGCCCCAAUGCAACUUGCACAAAUUCUCCAGGUUCCUUUACUUGCCAGUGCUUAAAAGGCUACAUAGGAGAUGGAUUUGCCUGUGAGGAUAUAGAUGAAUGCUCAAUACCGUCACAGUGCCACUCCAAUUCCAUUUGCAUGAAUCUACCUGGUUCCUACAGCUGUCCUUGUAAAGUGGGUUAUUCUGGAAACGGGAUUUCUCAGUGCAAUGACAUAAACGAGUGUUUAGUAAACAAUGGAGGGUGCAGAAACAAAGCAAUAUGUCUCAACAAUCAGGGCUCAUUCACCUGUCAGUGCUCUUCAGGGUUCCUUUUGAUUAACAAGACCCUUUGUCAAGACAUAAAUGAGUGUGAGGCCCCUAACAAUCCAUGCGGUGUGAAUGAGGAAUGCAAAAACACAGAUGGUUCUUACAAUUGCCCUUGUCAGGUGGGGUACUACCGCCCUGCUAGCAACAUGGCUUGUGUUGAUAUGGAUGAAUGCAAAAACAAACCCUGCCACACCAACGCCACAUGCCUCAACACCAUCGGAUCAUAUUCUUGCUCAUGCAAGCGAGAGUUCACAGGAAACGGCACCUACUGCAUGGACAUAGAUGAAUGUAAAAUAAGCAACAUAUGCGACACAAGAGCCACAUGCACCAACGUAAUUGGAGGCUUCCUCUGCUCUUGUCACUUGGGAUUUAACGGUGAUGGCUUCACCUGCCAGGAUGUGGACGAAUGUUCCCUCUCCAACACCACCUGCCCUGCUUUUUCAAAAUGCAUAAACUCACCUGGUUCAAAUGUUUGCUCAUGUCUAAAUGGAACCAUAGCCCUAAAUGAUAGCUGUCAGCCUCCACCUCAACUGUGCAAUCCUGCUUGUCAUAGCAAGGGCUUGUGCCAUGGUUCACCUGCUGGAUUUCAGUGUGUCUGUGACUUGGGCUACGAGGGUAAUGGAUUGACUUGCUCUGACAUAGAUGAAUGCCAGAAGGAAAAUAUUUGUCCUCAAAAUGACACCAAGUGCACAAACCUCCCAGGAUCAUUUUCCUGUGACUGCAAGACAGGAUACACUCUCAAUGGACCACACUGCAUUGAUGUGAAUGAGUGUGACACUGGACAGCAACAGUGCAGCAAGUUUGCCCGGUGUGUAAAUACUCGGGGAAGUUACUCCUGCCUCUGCCUAAGUGGUUUCACGGGGGAUGGAAAAAACUGCACAGACUUUGAUGAGUGCCAAGUCCAAAAUGGAGGCUGCCAUCCAGUUGCCAUCUGCAGUAACAUGCCUGGAUCUUUCUCCUGUGCCUGCCCUCAUGGCAUGGAAGGCAAUGGCUAUGACUGCCAGGAUGUGAACGAAUGUGAUCAGAACUCUACCCUGCUUAGCAACUGCAGCUCUAAAGCUCUGUGCGUCAACACUAAUGGAUCCUAUUUCUGCCAGUGCAAAGACGGAUACCAGGGUGAUGGCUUUGCUUGUGAGGAUGUCGAUGAAUGCCAGCAGUCCACGGCUUGUGACAGGAAUAUGACCUGCAACAACUUUCCUGGUUCCUACAACUGUUCUUGUGUCACGGGAAGAGUAUAUGACAAGGGCACAUGUAUGGAUGAAGACACCUGCCUGAAUUCAAGUACCAGCUGUCACCCACUUGCUGAAUGUUUGGUUUUUCUGGGUUCCUACUACUGUCAUUGUUCAAAAGGCUAUGAAGGAAAUGGCACGGUCUGCCGGGACGUAAAUGAAUGUGACCAAUCAAAGGGUCGGGUCUGUCCUUCUUUCUCUCACUGCUUCAACACAAAUGGCUCUUACAUCUGCUCCUGCUGGGAAGGUUUUCGAAACAAUGGGACGCACUGUGAAGACAUCGAUGAAUGUGUUGAGAGGAGUUUCCUCUGCCCUAACAACAGUACCUGUUUGAACCUAGAGGGGAGCUACAACUGUUCGUGUGACCAAGGCUUCUCAAACAAUGGCUCACUGUGUUUGGACAUUGAUGAGUGCUUUCUGGGCCUAAUCCAAUGUCCUAAUUUUUCCAACUGCAUCAACAAAAUUGGAUAUUCUUUUUGUGAGUGUUGGGAAGGUUACCAAGGCAAUGGCACUGAAUGUAGUGAUAUCAAUGAAUGUACUUAUAACUCCACCUGCCCUGAGCAAAGCACAUGUGUAAACACCAAUGGGAGCUACCAGUGUCUUUGUGAUAUAGGAUUCAAAAGCACUGGUGACUUGUGUUUGGACAUUGAUGAAUGUGUGGACAAACACCAGGAAGAGCUUUGCAACAAUGGGACGUGUUUGAAUGUCGCAGGCUCAUAUUAUUGCAAAUGUUUUGAAGGGUUUAGGGGUAAUGGGACAGAGUGUGUAGACAUAGAUGAAUGCCUGGAUUUUUCUAACUCUUCAGUGUGUCAACCCAAUUCAGCAUGUGUCAACACUAUAGGCUCCUUCUACUGCCCCUGCGUUGAAGGCUUCCGACUGAACGGUAGUAAGUGUCAAGACGAGAAUGAGUGUCAGGUUCCAGAUGGUAGUCCAUGCCCGAAGCACUCAUCAUGUCACAAUACAGAGGGGUCUUUCCUGUGUGUGUGCAAUCCUGGUUAUGAACUUAUUAGCUCUGGUUGUGAGGAUAUAGACGAAUGUCAGAAUGACACCACUUGCCGCAAUGAUCAAGUCUGCACAAACUUGCCAGGAGAGUACAAGUGCUCUUGUCAUUUGGGGUUUCACGAGGAAAACAAGACAUGUGUGGACAUUAAUGAAUGUGGGGAUUCACCUUGCAGCCCAAUGGCAUACUGCUGGAACACCCCUGGUUCCUUUUCAUGUCACUGUCACCUGGGGUUUGCUGGAAACGGUUCCUUCUGCGAAGAUGUGGACGAAUGUGUUGCUCUGACCAAUCCAUGCCAUUCAUCUGCUGUAUGCCAAAACACCCCAGGGUCAUUUGUGUGUGUAUGCAAGCCGGGGUUCAUAAGUGCCGGGCCACUGUGUACAGACAUGGACGAAUGCCAGCAACCAAACGGACAGUGCCACUCUGCUGCAACCUGCCUCAACAUUGUAGGAGACUUCAAAUGCUCAUGUAAUCAUGGCUGGAUUCCCACCAAAGAAAAUGGUCGUGGAAAAGAUGGAUGUGUGGAUUUGGAUGAAUGUACUUCAUUCUCACCAUGUCCUGGAACAUCAGUCUGUACAAACUUACCAGGGUCCUAUUCGUGUUCCUGUCCCCAAAACAGCAUGGAGUGCAGAGACUUGUCUCAGGAUGCAUAUUGA